AGAAGAAGAAACGGAGUUACAACCCUAUUGUAAGCAGUGUAUGAUUGAAAGUAUGUCUAAAGUAGACAUGUUGAGAGAGGUGGUGAGUGAGCGUCUCACUGCGGCGGCUUUAGAGAUAUUCGGACUGUUUGAGAGAACCGUGGCGGAAUAUGAAGAACAACUAUGUCGUUCUAAAGAGGAGAACGAGCGGCAUCGGAAACUUCUGGACGCUGUUCUGAAGCCGGAAGUCCGUUUACACAGAGCAGUAUUAUCUGGAGAUGUUCAUCAGUCCCCCAACAUUAAAGAGGAACAGGAGCAACUUGUCGCUGUGAAGAGCGAAGAUGAUGAAGAGAAAGCUGAGCCACAGCUUCAUCAGAGACAAGAAGAAAACAGCAGCUCAGCCCCACAGAUGGAGAAAGAGAGGGAUAGAGAGGACUGCAGAGGAUCAGAACCAACCAGAAGCUUAGAUCCUGAUGGCUUUUCACAGCCAGCUCAUGAUUACAACCCUGCAGAUGAACAAGCUGACACUGUGACAUUAACUCCGAUCCAGGCAGGUGUAUCCCUCAGUCCACCAGCUGUGGACGACAGGACUUCAGACUCUAGUGAGCCUGAGACUGACAACAGUGAUGAAGACUGGCAGGAGCCAGGGAAACCUCAGCCAGAUCUAAAAAAGAUCAAGAACAAUAGUGUUCCCAAGGGUAAUAAAGAAGGUAACACUGGUAGGAAGUCUUUGAACUGCUCUAAAUGUGGUAAAACAUUUGAAUCCAAAGACUGUGUGUUGGCAGAAAUUCCUCCAUUCGUUUGCUCCGUUUGUGUUCCAAAACCGUCACAGGUUGCAUGUUUUGUCACAAAUAAGAUAAGUGCCUCAGGGGGAAAAGCCUUUGGAUGUUCAGUCUGUAAGAAACAAUUUGGCUUCAAAUCAGACGCCGUAAGACAUAUGAGGAUUCACACCGGAGAGAAACCCUUCAGCUGCUCAGUUUGCGGGAAUAGAUUCAAUCAGAGCACGGGUCUGAGCUCGCACAUGAGAACCCACACAGGAGAGAAACCAUACAGCUGCUCUCUCUGCCCUAAAAGCUUUAUCCGCAGCGGAGUUCUGGACCGACACAUGAGAGUUCACACCGGAGAGAAACCUUACAGCUGCUCGGUGUGCGACACGCGUUUCUCUCUGAGUCAGACCCUGUUGAAACACAUGAGGAUCCACACAGGAGAGAAACCGUUCAGCUGCUCCGUUUGUGAUAAAAGAUUCCUACAACAGGGACACCUGACGCAACACAUGACACUCCACACAGGGGAGAAGUCUUUCAGUUGCCGUGUUUGUGGAAAAAACUUCACUAGACAGUACCGCGUGAAAAAACAUAAGUGUGUUACUGAGAGUCAGUGAAACUGCAAAACUGCAACACAAAACUGAAUGUCAUACGCCAAAGAUAGAUUAGAGGGUUCAGAUAAGAGCAACAUAAAUCUAUUUAAAUAUUCUUUAAAGAAAGAAUUUGUAAAUGCUUAUAUAUUUAUAUUACUGCGUCCACUAAUGUCCACUGAUUACUGUUAAUGACUCAUGACAAUCAUUAUUGAUAAUGUGCCUAUACUUCAUAUUUAUGCUGAAGUUGUACAGAGACUCAAUCAAUCAAUCAAUCAAUGUUUAUUUAUAUAGCCCAAUAUCACAAAUGUUACAUUUGUCUCAGUGGACUUCA